AUAUUAAUAUUAUUAUUAUUAUUAUUAUUAUUAUUAUUAUUAUUAUUAUUAUUAUUAUUAUUAUUAUUAUUAUUAUUAUUAGAAUCAACAUUAUUUGUUUCUAUUAGAUAUCUAUUUAUUGCAAGUUAUCUUACGAUGUAUAUACGCACAUAUCGGAGCCGUAAAAAUUGAGAUUUUUAUCGCAUAACAUUCUUAUUUUCUUCAUUGUUUAAAACAGUAACAAAACAUUUGAUAAAUAUCGUCGAUAGAACGAUUUCGAAAAUCUGAUGUGAAAUCUGAUUUAGCAUUUUCUUUCUUUUUUUCUGUUUUUUCUUUUUUUUUCUUUUUUCUUUUUUCUUUUAUUUAUUUAUUUAUUUUUUUUAAUUCUUUUGAUUUCUUAAAAUUUAUUAAGAACGUAAAGUACAACAUCAUUGCUACACAUUUUUACUCGUUUUCUCUCUUCGUACCUUUACAAAUAAGAUUUAAAUCAAUGGAAAUCUGUACGUAAAAUAAAUGUUAUCGGAACGGGUAUCAAUGUCUCCGUGUAUUAUAAUACAUGAGGGGACAAGUAGAAUGUGUAUAGACCUUUCUAUUUAUUCUCUCUCUCUCUCUCUCUCUCUCUCUCUCUCUCUCUCUCUUUCUCUCUCUUUCUCUCUCUAUGUCUCUCUUUCUCUCUCUUCCUCUCUCUCUCUCUCUCUCUCUCUCUCUCUCUCUCUCUUUCUCUGUCUGUCUCUCUCUGUCCCUAUCUCUGUUUCUUUUUCUUUUUCUUUCUGUCUCUUCGUGAACAUUAAAAGUCGCAUAGAGAGAGCUUAUGACUCUAAUCACAUACACAUACACACACAUACACACAACAGUAUUAUAAUUAAUAAUGUAUGAACAUUUUCUAAAUUAUUGAUGAGAUCUUUUACGUUUUCAAAUAAUAUAUAUGUUCUCAUUCCGGCGAUUGAAAUAUAUAUAUAUAUAUAUACAUAUAUAUACAUAUAUAUAUAUAUAUAUAUAUAUGUACACAUUCAUAUAUAUAAUUGUAUUCAUUUCUCCACGUUAAGGAUUAGAUUUGCGUAGCAUUUUAUAAUGGGUUAUAGUCAUGUUUGUUAGUUAUACAUACAUAGAAAUCUUAGGAUCGAGAUUUUUAUUGCAAAAAUAAAUCGCAUCAAUACGAAGAAUAUCCGAUUAUAUCGGAUGAUUACUUUGAAAACACGCAUCUCGAAAAAUCAUAACGUUUUAUAGAAUAUGUUUGAUUAAUUUUUUCAAGAUAGAAUUUGAUAUCCGAAUAAGGAUGGUUACCAAAAAAAAAAGAAAAUUUACAAAAAGAAAAUUACAAAAGUACAGAAAAUGUUGGACGAAGAGGAAAUAAUUAUUGGUAGAAAACAGAAAGAAAAAGAAAAAAGUUGUAAAUACGAUGACUUUAAUUUAUCAUCGCAUAUAAUUGUAUUAAAAAAAUUAACGAUUAUUUAAUAUAUUACAGAUAUAAAUGGUAAAUGCAAGAAAAAGAAAUUGUCUUAGUUUUCUUCACGUAUGAAGAAUAUUUAUCCUUCGAAUAUUAUCAUAUUUAUUUCUACGUACGUAUCUAUAUUCUCAUUAAUUAGAUUGAAUUAGAAGAAAAAGCGACGUAUUAUAUUUAUUGAGUAUUUCUCUCAAAUUUGAUGAAUGGCGGCGAUGCAAAGAAAUUGUAUUGCAAUUAACAAAUUAGAAUCUUUAGAGAAAAUUUGAAUUUUGCAAGUAGUAUCUUUGUAUUAUGAAAUAUACUCUAUCAAAAAUGAAUUUAAUAAUCUUCUGUAUGUAUACUUUUAUUUUUUACUUUUUAGAUUAGAAAGAAUCCGAUAGCUCAUAAUUUUAUUCAAUCUAAAGAGAGAGGGAGAGAGAGAGAGAGAGAGAGAGAGAAUUGAUAAAAUGACAAAGAAUUUUUCCACUAUCAUGCAUCACUAUCGAACUUAUUGUUAGUUAUACAUAUAAAAAAAUUUCUUUACCUUCGGUAAUUGAAUUCAAUUUCAUUUUCCCGCCCAUUUUGAAAUAAACGAGUAUCACCAAUCGUGUCGCUUGUCAUCCAAUCAUGUUCGCGAAUCCGUUACCUCUGGUAGGUAAAAGUAAAUGUAAAUAUCGUUUGGAAUAAUUUUUAAAAAGAAGCAGAUAAUAUAACGAGAGAAUAAGCAUGAGUUAAGAAAUAUCAUUUGAAUAUUAUUAUAUCGAAUCAUAUUCUCUCUCAGAAAAACAAGUUUGAAAUAUCAAGGAGUGGGGAUAAGAGAAAGAGAGAAGGAAAGAAGGGAGGGGGGAUUAUCCAAGUAAACUUAGCUUGUCUCUGUCGCACUGCCAUAAUGGCGCACAGGCGCACAGCGCAUUCUCACGGUGCGCGGUGGUACAAGAGCGGCGCAUCAAUGGGCGGCCAGAGGGUAAGAUGGCGGAUCGUGAUUCGGAGGUGCAGGAGGAGGAAAAAGAAGUGCAGCAGCGACAGCGACAGAAGCAGGAGCAACGCCGAACGAGAUCUGAGGUUAAGGAGGACGGUAUUCGCGGAAUGAACGCGAGCGUCCAUCCUAUAAACGAUACGACGAGUGUGAUGACCACGACGAUAAUGGCGUCGACAACGAGUACGACCACGGCGACGGCGACAACAACGACUACGACGACGAGUACGACCGCGGUGAACACGGUGAUCAACAAUGGUCGAGUGCCGCAACAUAAUCUUGUCAAUCAACAACAACAACAACAAAUGAAUAAUCCAAACGUUGGACAAGGACCGAGAUGUGUUACCAUCUACAAAACGGAGACUGGCUUUGGGUUCAACGUUCGAGGUCAGGUCAGCGAGGGUGGACAAUUGAGAAGUAUCAACGGCGAACUUUACGCACCCUUGCAACACGUCAGUGCCGUUUUACCCCGAGGUGCAGCUGAAAAGGCCGGUGUUCGCAAGGGUGAUCGAAUACUCGAGGUCAACAACGUGAACGUCGAGGGUGCCACUCACAAGCAGGUCGUUGACUUGAUAAAGUCUGGUGGUGACGUACUGACGUUGACGGUGAUAUCCGUGACACCGCAAGAGGCUGAAAGGCUAGAACCUUGUGAGGAUCUAAGCUAUCCACCAAUAGACUACAGCGAAAAACGAUCCUUACCCAUUAGUGUACCGGAUUAUCAUGUCCGUGAAAGGAAACACGAACGUUACGUUGUUUUCAACGUACAUAUGGCCGGAAGGCAUUUGUGUUCUAGACGUUAUCGCGAAUUCGCUGCCCUUCAUAUGGCCCUGAAAAAGGAAUUUAUUGGAUUUAAUUUUCCAAAGUUACCUGGAAAAUGGCCUUUUCAAUUGACGGAACAGCAAUUGGAUGCCAGAAGACGAGGUUUAGAACAAUAUCUUGAAAAAGUCUGUGCCGUACGUGUAAUUGCUGAGAGCGAUGCUAUGCAAGAAUUUCUAACCGAUAGGUUAGACGAGGACGGCGAUCAAGGUCCAGCGGUUGACUUAAAGGUUCUCUUACCUGAUCGCGAGGUCGUUACUGUGACGGUCGCGAAAGCCGCUUUGGUCAAGGAUGUCUACGAUGCGGUCUGUAGUAGAGUCGGACUUGAUUCGGAAACCGCCAAGUAUUUUUACCUCUUCGAGAUAGUCGAGUACAAUUUCGAGAGGAAACUUCAACCUCACGAGCACCCGCACACACUUUAUAUUCAGAAUUACUCGACGGCGAGUGCGACGUGCCUAGCGAUAAGAAGGUGGUUGUUCAAUGUAAAUAGGUCUCUUAGCGAGCAGGCCUUGACGUGGAUCUUUUGGCAGACCGUUGAUGAGGUCAACAGGGGACACAUUAGCGCCGGUGAGCGAUUGUAUCAGUUGAAGGCCCUGCAGGAUGCAUCUAGAAAACACGAGUAUCUAAAAUUGGCGAGAGAGUUGAGUGGAUACGGCGAUAUUGUUUUUCCACAUUGUGCUUGCGACUCCAGGAAGGAAGGACAUGUUGUCGCAGCAAUUGGCAUGGCAGCAUUCAAAUUACAUGCAGCGAAAGAGGAUGGUACCUUAGAAUCUCAAGUAGUCGAAUUUCAAUGGAAUACUAUAACCAGAUGGGAGGUAGACGAGGAAGGCAUGGCCUUUUGCUUUCAAUAUAUUCGACAAGAUAAUAGGCCGCCACGUUGGUUGAAAGUUUUCACGCCUUAUUAUACCUUUCUGUCUGAUUGCUUCGAUCGAAUAGCAGAAGAGGCAAAGUGGGACGAUCCCGGAGAAUGACGCAGUAUUCGUCGUUAAUACGUUUUUCUUUUCCUUUUUUUUUUUUACUUUUUUUUUCUUUCCUUUUGUAUUCUUUAAUCUUUAAAUACCGAUCAUCUAUAAUCGACGAUCGAUUCGUAGCCUGGACAUUCGAUAGGAUUAUAACUUAUAGAGUGCGAUUGAACGAAAUAUCAUUUAUCAUAUCAACAAUGUCGCACUUUUCUUUCAUUUACAUUAGACAAAUAUAUAUUCGUUUUAUUAACACGAAUCUUAUAAAUCAUAUAUUUCCAUAUAUGAUACACGUCGUUCGAAUAAUAUAAUAUUCGAACCUUAUAAUGUCUUCUUGUGUUGCUUUUCCUUUUUUUUUUUUUUUUUUUUUUUUUGCAAUAGUAUAUUAGAAGAAAUUAUAAAGAAUUAUAUAACUUCAAAUGAAUAGUAUUUCCUUCUUAUACUUUUUCUUUUUUUGUGUGCUUAUUUUUUUUUAUAUUUUCGUUUUUCUUUUUUUUUUCUUUCUUUUUUUUUUAUGUAAGAUCUGUUAUCUUCACUUUAUCUAUACUGUCGCGUUAAUAAUGGAAUGCAAAGGAAUUAUAUAAGACGACGUCGGGUAAAAAAUGAAUGAAUAUGAGAGAACGUAAAUAACGCCUAGUGUCGGUAUAUGAUUUGGCCUAUAAGUUAUUUCCUAGAACGUGUAAUUCGAUUUCUCGUUUCAGAAACAAUCGAAUUACAAAUUGUUCCUUCUUAUUAGCCUAAUAUACAUGUAAGUAUAUAUAUAUAUAUAUAUACAUACAUACAUAAAAUAUACAUAUUAUUUUCUUUUCAAAUUUCUUUUACAAAAGCGUUACAUAUUCUUCGUUGACUUAACAAACAAAGUAUUAUGUGCUUCGUUCGAGUUUAAACCUCCUUGUACUAUCUCUCAAAUUUCAAUGUGCUUUUAUUUAAAUUUUUACGCUUACUGAAAGCUUAUUGAAAUUUUUGAGAUAUUCCAUGCGAAGUCUCUUCAAUGAUCGAAAAUGUUGGAAAGUUAUUAAUUAACAUUUUCGAUUUGAAUCAUAUAUUAUUCCAUUACUCAUUCGUGAUCACCUUGUAUAUGUUGAAAAAUGAAAUGAAAUGAAAUGAAAUGUAAUGUAAUGUAAUGUAAUGAAAUGAAAUAUUUCCAACGGAUGUAUGUUUUGAAAGAUCAAAAGAUUCACAGUUUAACAUCAUUGUAUCUAUAGAUGCCUAUUUUUUUAAAUUAAUGAAUUAUUUAUACGUUCUACGCGUUUAAAGUAAAUGUCUGAAUUAUUAUAAAAAUAUUACGUUGUAAAAUUAAUUGAAGAAAAAAAAAAAAAAAUAGAAAAGAAAGAGAGUAAUGGAGCACGCCUGACAUAAAACAAGGUACAUAUUUUCCCCAGUACUUCGGUGAUUAACAAUACUCAUUAAAUAGUACUAUUGAUAAGAGGAGUUGCUAAAUAAUAAUAAUAAUAAUAAUAAUAAUAAUAAUAAUAAUAAUAAUAAUAAUAAAAAUAAUAAUAAUAAUAAUAAUAAUAAUAAUAAUAAUAAUAACAACAAUAAUAACAAUAAUAUUAAUAUUAAUAAUGAUGAUGAUAAUAAGAGAAUUAAGAAUAUAUAUAUUCAAUACAAGGAAUAUUAUUUUCGACGAGAGGACAACUUUUAGGUGCACCUUCGUCAUAUUUUGUCACGACAGAUACGAACGAUAAACUAUUUAAAGCUGUUUUUUUUUCUUUUUAGUUGAUUUUUAUGAACCAUUAAUUUGUGCGCAUCGUUAUACAGUUUCAUACAUUAUUAUUUCUCAUUCAUAUUUUGUUGUAUUGUUUCAAACGUUUCUCGUUCGAAUAUAGUCUUGACUAUAGUAUAUGUAAAAUAAAGAAGUGAACACAUGUUAUAUACAUAUAAAUACAUAUAUAUGUAUACAUUAUCAUAAACACGUACGCUUAUGAACACAAACACACCACAAAUAAUUGUCGUUAAUAUUUUUAAACUUUAUGCAGAAUGCAUCGCGUGAAUGAUAUGAAAGAAGAAAUGUAGAAUUGAGCGAUGUGAAAUUUUGUUGGACUAUACAUACACGUUCCCGAGAGUAUAGUAACAAUAAUGUUAAUAGCUGUAGGUAGAUAAAUAUAUCAAUGUAAAUGAGAAGAAAAAAAGGAGAACGCAGAAAUAUACGAGUAAUUAUAGUUGUAGCUAUGUCAGUUGAUUAUGCGAUGAUGGUGAUGAUGUUGAUUAUAAUAAUUAUCGUGAAUAUAUAUAUAUAUAUAUAUAUAUAUAUAUAUAUAAUAUAUUAUAUUCGGUUUUAGUAAGUAUGCAUACACGAAAUUAUUUCAUAGGCUUAAUAUAUAAUAAUUUCUUGUAAGAUUAUUCAUUUGAAAAAAUUUUCUUUAAUGGACUAUGUGAUAAUUCUGUAUGUAUGUAUGCGUAUGUGUAUGUAUAUAUAUAUACACAUAUAUACACAGGAUUAUCACACAGUCUGUUAAUUACACAUGCAUAGAUAUAGAUUAUAUAUUUACAUACUUAACCGAAUAUACUGUAAACACAUAUGCGUAUGCACGUGCACAUACGUAUCUAUUAUUGGCAAAAUUGGAUAGAGAAUAAUUUUCGAAACUUAUAUUGUAAAACUUAUAAAAAUAAUAUAGGAAGUGUAUGUAAGAAAAAAGAAAUACGAUUGAUCGUUGAACGUAUAUUGUCAAAAAGAAAGAACAGAAAUUGAAAAGUAUUCAAACGAUAAGUUACAAUGAGAACGAAUAGUCCUUCCGUAUAUUUAGCACAUUCCAUCAUUUUAACAAUGAUCUUAUUAUCUUUUUUUCUAAUCGCUCGUUAUAUUCGUUACAAUAAAAUUAUGCCGAGCAUGCAAAUUAUUUGAUUAACACGUCCUUAAUAUUUAUGAUUUGAAAAUUGUAUCACUGAGGUCAUGAGAGAGAGGGAAGAGGGGAAGGAAGGGAGAGAAAGAGAGAAACCUAUCGUUUGAUUGAUCUAUAUAUACUGGUAUUUAUCUGCUGUCAUUUAACUCGAGAUAAUUCUAAACGAAUUAGCAGCAAGUUGUUUAUAAGCCGUCGAUAAAUUAGCAGCAUGCUUAGAGAAGCGAAGGAACCGUAAGACUAAUUAAAUACAAGAAUUCGUCCAAAUGAGCAGCAAAGUUAUUUAAAGUGAUCUCUGAUGAGAAUUAAAGGAAGAAGGAAAAGAAAGAAAGGAAGGAAGGAAGAAAAAAAAGAGUUAAAAAGGAUUAACAAAAUUAGUUAGUAUAUCGCAUUUGUAAAUAUAUAAUAUAUAAUAUAUAAUAUAUAAUAUAUAAUAUGUAACAUAAUAUAUAAUAUAUAUAAUAUAUGAUAUAUAUAAUACAUAUAAUACAUAUAUAUAUAUAUAUGUAUAUAUAUGUAUAUAUAUGUAUAUAUAUGUAUAAUAUUAUAUAUAUGUAUAUAUAAUAUUAUAAAGAAGUAAAGAGAGAUACAUGUCUCUGAGAAAAAGAUUCCUUUCUUUCAUUAGCCUGAUGUUCACUGUUAUCAAUUACAUAUUAUAUUUAUUCUCACAUCGGUACGCGUAAUCCGAUUUGCUCUAAUAACAAUUAGAAGAAAAUAAAAAAGAAAAAAGAGAAAAAUGCGAAACUGGAAAGAAUUGCAAUUUGUCGAGAGGGAAAAAAAGACACAAAACGACAGGAUAAUUAUGUUAGCAUAUUAAUAAAAAAAAAAAAAAAGAAAAAAAAAAUAAUAAUGAUAGUAAUACAAUAAAAUAAUAAUAAUAAUAAUAAUAAUAAUAAUAAUAAUAAUAAUAA